AUGUCAAGAUGCUUAGCUGAGCUCACAAAGAACAAAGCCUUUAAGUUUCAUCCUAGAUGGAAGAGAGUUGAUUUAACCCAUAUGAUGUUUGCAGAUGAUUUGCUGCUCUUUUCUAGAGCUGAUAUCCCUUCUGUGUCAGCUUUAUUUGCUGCUUUCACUCAGUUCUCAAGAGCUUCUGGGUUGGAGGCUAAUCUUCAUAAAAGUGAAGUAUAUCUUGCAGGGGUUAAUGAUCAGAUGGGGGAUCAGUUAGUUUCUCUCUUGGGGAUUGCUAAAGGUACUUUCCCAAUUAGAUAUUUGGGUGUACCCCUCACAACCAGGAAACUAAGCUACAAUGAAUGCAAACCUCUCAUUGAGAAAACAGUUACAAGAAUUAAAGGGUGGUCUGCUAGAUUUCUCUCUUAUGCUGGUAGGCUGCAACUUAUCAAGUCUGUUUUGUUUGGUGUCCAACUGUAUUGGUGCCAAAUUUUUGUGAUGCCUAAAAAGAUUAUGAAAGAAAUUCAGAGGUUGUGUAGGAGUUUCUUAUGGACAUGCAAUAAAGUUGGGUCCAAGAAGGCUCCUGUUGCUUGGGAAAAUCUUUGUCUUCCCAAGACCUGUGGUGGUUGGAACUUGAAGGAUCUCAUUACUUGGAACAAGGCUGCUGUGCUGAAACAUUGUUGGGCUUUUUCUAUGAAGCAGGAUAGGCUCUGGGUUAAAUGGAUGCAUACCUACUAUAUACAGCAGAAAGAUUUCUGGACCAUGCCAGUUCCUAAUGGCCUUACUUGGUCAAUGAGGAAAAUUUGGUAUCAAAGGGAGUUGUUGCUGCAAGUUGGGGAUGGAAGUCAGUUUGUGGUAGCUAGUAAAUUCAAGAUUCAUAAAGCUUACAAACAUCUGCAUCGGAGUGGUGUUCAGGUGCCCUGGAAAAGAUUGGUCUGUAACAGUAAGGCUAGCCCUAAGAGUACAUUUGUUGUGUGGUUAGCAGUCCAAAAUAGGCUUGCUACCAAAGAUAGGCUAAUCAAAUGGAAUGUUAGUGUUGUUAGUACUUGUGAGUUGUGUCAGCAGUAUGAUGAGGAUCUGAAUCAUCUAUUCUUCUCUUGCAAGUAUUCUUCUGAAGUUUGGCAGUUGGUUCUGAAUGACAUGGGAAUUCAGAGAAGUGGUUUACAGUGGCAUGAAGAAGUGGAUUUGGCAGUUAAGAAGAGUAGGAGCUCAAGGAAGACUGAUGCUACCUAUGCUAUGGCUUUCAUUGAGACUGUUUAUGGGAUUUGGUUGCAAAGAAACUCCCAAAUUUUCUCUAGCAAGGUGGACACUCCAAAGGUGGUUGCUAACAGGAUUCUCUUCUGUGUAGCUUGUAGACAGUAG